AAGACUCACAUGUGGGACACCUGUUCUCACCUAAUGUUGGAUCUACAUCAUCCAAUUCUGGAUCCAUUGACGCCUCCUCUUUGCUCGACAUGCAGCUUCAACUGGAAUGCGAUGGAGAAUGAGCAGCUGCAGUUGAAAUAACUGAGCGGAGGGUUUGAUGAUGAGGCCGAUCACGUCUCGAGGUCCGACUGAAGGUCUUCCCUGGAUAAGACGCAGAUGCAGAAUAAGCUAGAGGAACUUGGAAAUCGAUAUCGCGCGAGCGAUUGGUCGUGCGUGCGAUGAAUCUGCCCGGAACUCCCUCCUUCAAGAUGCUAUCAAGAUCGCACUCGACGAGUCAUGAUCAGAAGCACAGAACGGCGGUUAAUGACGACGAGCUUCUCCGAUCAUGAUUCAUUCCAUCAUUUCCCGACCUCCAAUGGCGGUCCAGACUGUAACUUCGAAAGUUACCGCCGUAUCCUCUGAAAGGAGACCUGUAAUUUCCCUCGUCUUCCACUUUCCAUCAUCCGGCGGUUACAUGCUUCUGAGCCAGAGGAGGAUCUUGCAAGAAAUGAGAACCCAUCGAGGCUCACUUCGGUCCUCGAACCAUACUCUGAGCGAGCACUGACCAGAAUCCAUGUCUCGCAAAAUGGCAACGAUCCUCGCGUUGUUGCCGUCGCAUCCCUAUCAGUAAAAGCUUCCUUCCAUUCAGACACAGUUCGAAUCUUCUGCUCGAGACUGCAGAUUUGACAUUUCUAUUUAGUGAGAGCUCACGAAAUCGAGAGAUAUCGGAAGCGGGAGAUCGACGAGAAAUGUGGUUGCUGCGGAGAUUUGCGGGUUCGUGUGCUGCUGCUACGACUGCACGCGGCGGCGGCGGCAGCAGCCCGGUCGCAUUGUCGAGGCUCGGGCCUGCUCGUGCAUAUGCAGACGACGCUGCGAGCGCAGACAAGCCGAAAAAGGCACCGGCCAUAACGGAUGAUCUCAGGAAGGCCUGGAAAAAAGUUGCGCCCUUGCUCGAGAUGCCGAAGGUGCCGUCGGAUUUUCUCGAAGGGCGACCUCCUGUCCCGGCAACCAUCCCCACCAAACUCACCGUCAACUUCGUGCUUCCUCGAAAGUAUGAGCUGGAGGCCAAACAGGUCGAUAUGGUGAUAGUUCCAGCCACAAGUGGGAUGAUGGGCGUCCUUCCAGGCCAUGUUUCCACGAUAGCACAGCUAAAGCCAGGCGUUCUAAGCGUACACGAUGGCGCGGAUGUGAAAAAGUACAUCGUGAGCAGUGGGUUUGCCUUCGUGCAUCCCAACUCUGUCACUGACAUUUUAGCGGUGGAAGCGGUUCUUGCGGAGGAAUUGGACAUCGAGGCAGCCAGGAAAGGACUAGCUGACUACACCACAAAGCUCAACUCAGCCACCACGGAUCUGGCAAAGGCCGAGGCUCAAAUAGCUAUUGAGGUUUACGGGACCUUGGUUGCUGCUUUAACAUAGAACUGCAGUGCUCCUCUGCUCCUGCACAUGUUCACUGAAAUCAAGCGAAGUUUUGUGCUUUCAAUUUCAUUACGGAAAUCAACUGUGGUCUUCACGAAGCUGCUGCUUUCACAGACUCCAUUUAAUUCCACACGCAAGGUGAGUUGAUAUAUAGCGGGUACACACGAUUAGAAAAACUUCGCUGUCUCGACUCAAACUUUCUGACUUUUGGACUCAAAUUCGAAGGGACUUGUCAGCGGCAAACAGGCAUAAUUUGCAG